AUGUCAAGGGCCAAGACAAAAGGAAGAAGGUGGAGAUUGUUCCAUGCUACUGAUUUUCAAUCUUUGAUGUAUCCCAACUUUAUCAUAAGCAAAAUUCUUGGAAUAUUUCCAUACAGAAUUAAGGCGUCGUCUUUUGAAGCUUCUAAACCGCGUUAUAUUCUAUGGACUAUUAUCUUCUGCGUAAUCUGUGUAUAUGAGUUGACAAUGUUGUAUAAACUCAACCUCUCUGGAAAAGUCAGGAUUGAUGUACCUAGGAUGAUAUAUUUGAAUUUCUACUUUUUAUAUGGAUUAUUCUUAGCGGUCAUUUCUUAUGCCUUGAGCGGUCCACGAAUGCGUUUACUUCAGACUAUAUCAGAUAUUUCUCCGAGAUUGCCCCAGAAGUCAUAUCGAAAACUAUCCAAAUUAAUACACGCUAAGGACAUUUUCGGUUUUUUCUUUCACUUUUGGCUAAUGUUAACAUUAUACCUCUCAUAUUCCGAAAAGAUGGUUUUCGGGUUACUCGAAAUGUUCAGAGUUUUCAUCAGCUUGUUGGGAUUUCAAAUGGAUAUGCUGUACAUAAAUUGCGUUUGUGUCUUAAAGGCCUAUUUCAAGGAAAUCAACGAUAAUCUGGAGAAUCUGCGAAAGCUCAUAAUGCAUAAUAUUCCUAGAUGGAUCUAUCAUCAGCAGAGACAUCCAUUCUUGCUGAACAAACUUAAGGCUCUGAAAAAACAGCAUCUGAUGAUAAGUGACACAGUGAAGAUGCUUAACACGAUUUUCAGUCUGCAUCUUCUGGCUACCAUAGCGUUGUCCUUCAAACAGAUAAUAUUCUACGUGUAUUUCGAUGUAAUAAAAUGGCAAAACGGGAUAUUCUUGAAUCAUGACAGGAUUUAUAAUUCAUAUUUCAUAUCAAUCAUAAUAUAUUACUUUACAAGAUUUACAUUAAUAGUGUGGGCUUGCGAAACUGGCAAAAAUGAAGCGAUAAAAAUUGGCACUAUCAUUCACGAUAUACUUAACAGCAUCAGCGAUGUACAAAUCAAAGAUGAGUUAAAUUUGUUCGCCUUGCAAAUAUUGCAUUGCAAUAAUAAAUUCUCCGCGAAAGGUUUCACUGUAGAUGCAACGUUGCUCACUGCGAUGGUGAGUAGCGUUUCCACGUAUCUAUUAAUCUUAAUACAAUUUUUGAUCAUAACGCAUUCUUGCGACAGCAAUACAGAUGCAAUUAAUUAUACACAAGCAAUUUAA